GUAUCAUCCAGGCAGAGCACUGCUGCAGUCCUCUGUAUCACACAGUUCCCUCGGUGUUUAUCUAAGCGCACAACAGCACAACAGUGGGGACUCGAGCGUGGAAACCACAAGAUGUACAACACCAUACUCGAACACGGCGCUCGAACCAAUAAAGCAUCCCACACCCUCGGCAACACCUCGUGUGCCUCGCGUGAGACGUACGUACGAAGCACCAUCAAAGGAUCAUCAACCCGCAAAGCGCGUGGCUUUCUUCCAUUCUUCUCUUGCUUACUUGUACGCGAGAUGAAUGAUCGUUCGUGCGAGUGGGAGUGGGAGCGAGAGCGAUUUGGUUGCCUUCUAAGCUUUCCUCUAGCGCCGGAUAUUGCUUGUGCCCGCGCACAGCAAUGCGAUGAGCUCGCGCGGUAUGUGUACAAUUAUCUGCCAAUCCGGCUAGGGUUUCUCGUAUGGUUAUCCCAUUAGGAAAGGUCUGGUCUGUUUUCCAAAAAUACAAGGAACCCAGUGCACGGACCACAACCCUAACCAGAGUCUCACUUUUGGACCCUCGGACUUCGAGACAGCCCCUAAACAC